AUGUGUGUGUGGCCGGCAGCGGUGCCACACAUUCUGGGCAACGAGCUGGUCGAGCGGUACUGCUACUAUGCGCUGCGGGCGAUUCUGGCGGUGUAUCUUGUGGGAUAUAUUGGGUUUUCGGAACAUCGGGCGACGGCGGUGACGCAUACCUUUAUCGCCGUGGCGUACAUGUCGCCGCUGCUCGGCGGCAUGCUGUCCGACUCGCGAUGGGGCAAGUUCACCACCAUCUUCCGCUUCUCGGUCGUGUACUGCAUCGGAUGCAUUGUCAUUGCCGCUACAGCCAUUCCGGGUGCUACCGGCCAUCCGCCGCACUGGUGGGGCGUCAUGACCGGCCUCUUCUUGGUUGCUAUGGGCACCGGCGGCAUCAAGCCGUGCGUCUCGUCGUUUGGCGGCGAUCAGUUCUCCGACGCCCAGUCUGGCCUCCUCGAGACCUUUUUCUCGCUCUUCUACUUUUGUAUCAACACCGGCUCGGUCUUGUCGAUGAUUGUUACGCCCAUUCUCCGCGACGACGUCUCGUGCUUUGGCCAUCCGGACUGCUACCCGCUCGCCUUUGGCGUGCCGGCCGCGCUCAUGAUUGUGGCGCUCGGCAUCUUCCUUGCCGGCAUCUCCAAGUACGUGCGCAUCCCGCCCGGCGACAACGUGCUUGGCAUGUUCUUUUCGGUCGUCCGCAUUGCACUUGGCGCCAAGCUCUCCGGCUCUGGCGGCUCGACGCUUGAGCACGGGUGGCUCGCACCGGCGGUUGCCCGCCACGGCGCGGCCAAGGUGGCCGACGUCCGCGCGGCGCUCCGGGUCCUUGUCAUCUUCCUCCCGCUGCCCAUUUUCUGGUCGCUCUUUGACCAGCAGUCGUCGCGGUGGACGCUGAUGGCGCUGCGGAUGAACGGACAUGGGUAUCUCAAGGCCGACCAGAUGCAGGCGCUUAACGCGCUCUUCAUCCUCGUCUUUAUCCCCGUCUUUGAGUACGUGGUGUACCCAGCCGUCCGCCGGAUGGGAAUCAACUUUACGCCGCUCCGCCGCAUCGGCGUCGGUAUGUUUGUCUGCGCCAUCUCGUUUGGCAUCGCUGCCCUUGUCCAGACCUCGAUCGACUCGAGCUGCUGCGCCGCGCUGUCGACAACGCAGCUCGAGGAGCUGCACGAGGCCAAGACGUCGGCGGUGGGAGGCUGUCAUCAGGACCAGUGCGUCUCGAUGUGGUGGCAGGUCCCGCAGUACGUGGUCCUCACCAUCGGCGAAAUCAUGUUCUCGGUCACUGGCCUCUCGUUUGCGUACUCGCAGGCGCCGGCCUCGAUGAAGUCGAUCAUGCAGUCUGCAUGGCUCCUCACCGUCGCCGCUGGCAACGUCGUCGUCAUCGUUAUGGCCGAGUCGCAGCUGGUCUCCUCGCAGGCGCUCGAGUUCCUCAUCUUUGCCGUCCUCCUCGUUGUCAUGACCGGCAUCCACACGCUCCUCGCGUCGCGGUACCACUACGUCGGCGGAACCGGGGACGCGCUCGGCGGCCACGCGCGCCUCAAGUCGGACGCCGCUGCGCUGUGGUCGUCAAAUUCGGACCUUGAGCUCCGCGACUCGUCGGACUUUGGCUCGGACAGCGGCUCGGGCGAGCUCGCUGCAACCUCGCCGCAGGCCUCGCUGUUGGCACGGCACCGGUCGUCGCGACACGUGCUCUCUGGCGGCGUCGGGCGCUCGGCGUCGUUUGUUGACUCGUCGUCGGCCUCGGGCUAA